CAUCGGCUCGCGCCACGGGGAGGGGAGGGGCCGCGCCGGAGGCGGCCGCGGGCGGCGCCGGGGCGGGCGGCGGAGGAGCCGCGCCAUGGCGGGUGAGGCAGCAGCUGGCAGCGGGGAUCCGAGAUCCGGCGUGUGGCAGCCCCCGCAGCUGCCCCCAUGAGCGAGCGGGGCUGCCCAGACACUGCGGGGCACCAUGAGAGCGGGCCACGAGCGCAGCCAGGAGUGCCUCCCGCCAAAGAAGCGGGACCUGCCCACUGCCAGCACCGGCACAGAGGCGGGACGGGUGGCAGGAGCCUCAGGUGAGGGCCCUGAGUGGCCCCGGACGGCCGGGCCAGGCCCCGCUACUGUGCGCUACGGCCCUGGCGAGGCCACAGAAGCAGCAGCGGGGCUUACGGUGGACCAGUACGGGAUGCUCUACAAAGUGGCGGUGCCCCCCGCCACCUUCUCCCCCACGGGUCUGCACCCUGUGGUGAACGUCAGCCCCUUGCCCCCCACCUUCAACGUGACCUCACCAAUAAUCCAGCACCCGGGGGUGCCCUACCCUCCCAUCCACUACACGCAGAUCCCGCCAGCGUCCCUGCAGUUCAUCGGCUCCCAUUACACAGUGCCCUAUGCCGUCCCUCCUGGCUUCCUGCCUAGCCCGCUCCUGUCUCCUUCCACCAACCUCACCGCCUCUCAUGUCCCUCACUUUGUGCCAUACACCUCUCUCUACACGGAAGAAGCCGCUCCUUCCCCCCAGACUACCUCUCCUACCCACACCUUCAACAAAUCUGCUCCGGCGAGCUCUCCUUCUGGCCAGAUGCAGCACCAUGCUGGGACCCAAACGUUAGAAGCUGCACCAGGUAGAAUUCCUGUUUAUUAUCAGAUGUCCCGCCUCCCACCAGGGUAUUCAGCGUAUGAGACGCCUGCAGCCGGUGGAAGCCCAGAGUCUCCUCGGCAAGACAGUCAGCUGAGUUCAGAGGUAGCCGCUGCCAAUGGUGGGCAGAGACACCUGGAGGCUCAUGUGGCGAGAAGGAGCAGCGAGGUGCUGGACUCUGCCAGCAGCAAGGCUGAAGACUCUCUGCCAGGAACUGCAGCAGGAUGUGUGGUCGAUGGGCAGUUUCUUUCAGGUUACCAGACGCUGGGAACAGAGGUCUCUGUGCCAGCUCACAGAAGCACCCCAGACACUGAUCUGGAGGUUCAGAGGGUGGUGGGGGUGUUGGCAUCUCAGGAUUAUCGUGUUCUGGCAGCCCAGAUGAAAGAUGACCCGAGCCCUUUAAACCUUUGCCAUAAUCUCCCUGAUCAGCAGGGGGAGUUGAAGGAUGUGCUGAAGAACACGGUGGAAAGGGCUGCUGUUGAGAAAAGCCAAUCCAGGAGUCCGUAUGUGAUGUCCCCCGAAGAGCCGGUUAGACAAAGACAAUUAACCAAAGGAAUGGUGAUAGCCAACGGCAAGCCAGUCCUGGUUCCCGUUGCAUCUGAGCCCACCAGGUCUGCCUCAGAAACCCAGGUGAGGCAGAGCCCAGACGCACAGGCUCGAGGAAGCGUGCUGGAAAAGGACGUGGCCCAGCCGCAGCCACCCAGCGCCUCACACUUGCCCUCUCACUUCAUGAAGGGAGCCAUCAUCCAGCUGGCCACCGGAGAGCUGAAGCGGGUAGAGGACCUGCAGACUCAAGACUUUGUUCGCAGUGCAGAGGUGAGCGGGGGCCUGAAGAUCGACUCCAGCACCGUGGUGGAUAUUCAGGACAGCCAAUGGCCUGGGCUUGUCACACUGCAUUUUGUGGUUGGGGAGCAACAAAGUAAAGUGAGCAUUGACGUGCCCCCGGAGCAUCCCUUCUUUGUGUACGGCCAGGGCUGGUCCUCCUGUAGCCCAGGGCGGACUGCUCAGCUCUUUGCUUUGCCCUGUCACAGGCUGCAGGUAGGGGAUGUCUGCAUAUCAAUCAGUUUACAGAGCAUGAACGGCAACUCUGCUUCUCAGGCUAACUACCCUCUCACAGAUCAGUUGAUAUCUACUAGGGAGAGAUCUGACAGAACAGCUCAGGGGUCCGGAGAACCGUCUGACAGAGCUGCUGAAAGGAACAGCCACACAGAUAGGGACGGCGCAGCCCAGAGCUCUCAUGCAGAACCCUCUCAGCCUGAGACUGGCAGUCAGCAUGGCUGGACAGCCCCAGGCUUCCAAAGAUACAGCAUGCAGGCAGAGGAGCCUCGGCCCUCUCUGCUCCGUCCCUCUUUCAUUCCCCAGGAGGUCAAGCUGUCUAUUGAAGGGCGUUCUAAUGCAGGGAAAUGAUCCCUUUGAGGCUGUGAGCUAGGGCAUCCCCUCUAGGUGAGCCUUGCCGUCAGGUGGAGAAAUUGCACAGACUUUGUGACGGGUUCACCAGCAAAGGCUGCUUUCUGCCCUGCAGGACUGGAUUUAAUCCAUCCAGUCCGGUGGCUGACCACUUCCUCUUGGGGAAUCAAGAGGGAUCCAGUGCCUCAGGGAGCAGCAACCGGCUAGCUGGGGUAGAGAACCGGGAUGUGCUCAUGAGCUUGCGAUGAGAGCAUUCCAGAGGCUGGGGCUUUCUCACACCUCCCUGAAUAACUGAUUUCCUGCAGGGCAGGGUCUAAGCAUUCAGGACGGGUGGGGAGAUGAGGAGGGCAGACACAGCUUAAGGUAGCAGAUAAAAUUGCUGAAGAUGUUACGCCUCCUUUCUCAUGCUGGGGAGAGAUUGGUCCCCAAUGGAGCUAAGGGGGCUCCACUCCCAGUAUCCCUUUUCUUCACACAUGCACUUUAAAAGGACCGUUCACCGAUGGAGCUCUUGAGGGCAGGACGGAGAUGCUUCUCCGGUGGUUCUGUUAAUGUCUCUUCCACUGAAUCCCACUGCUCUUUCUUCUUGCAAAGAAUGUACAGAUUUGAAUGAAUCACAGAAAUUCAAGAGGAAGGACCAAAAGGAUGGGUUUGGGUGUAGGUGAAUAGGGAACGCGAGCACUUGGGGUGGGACAUGAGUUGGGGUGGGGGACAUCAGUUUCCUGGUAUAAAAUACACUUAAUUAUUUGCCACCAAAUCAAAUCUUCCUUCCCAUGUGAAUAACUUAAAAAAAAUAUUUCUCGGGCUUAUCACUUUUGCAGAGGCUUAGCCUAUGGGCGAAUGGAGUUGGGUUUUUUUUUUGCUUGGUUGGAUUUUGGGUUUUGGUGGUUUGUUUUUUUUUUUAAAGCUGAGGUGAAAUAUAUUCAGCUUUCUCUAGGGAAGGAUGGAAACACAUCCUUUUUCUGUGAGAAGACUGAGACUAUUUUGUAAUGAAAUCAGAAGAAAACACUCCAGAUGGUUAACUCUUCCCUGCAGGCAGUGUCCUGAAUAAGCUCUGGACAAGAGACAAGUAUUUGUGCAUGUGCAGGCAAGGUACAAAGUUUCUGCUAAGUUCAGUUCUGUUGUUAAUGUAGAGACUAUUAAAAAAAAAAAAAAAUAACUGCAUCACAGGGCAUUUUGGGGUGGUUUUGUGUUAGUUCUUCAGAUGCUUCACUCUGGAGUUCCUCUGUAGAACAGCAUGGUAAAAUCAAGAGUAGUCUUUUUCACAGUGAGAUUUAUUACAAAUGUAUAUUAAUACCUCGUUAUGGUAAUAACACUCCAUUCAAGUGAAGGCUCCAGUAGUCACACUAAUUUGCCCUCUCUGAUGGUGUGUUAUGACACCAGCUCUAACUGCUUAGCUAGGAUAAAACAUAGUCACUGUUACAUUGUGGAUAGGAGUCUUCACUGACUUCACUUGGGUUAAGUAUUCCUUGUAUUAAGGUGCCCAUCUCUGUGCUAGGACCAGGCUUUUCAGAGGAUUUCUUUUCAGUGUGCGGGUCCCCGCUGGAGUCCUGAUGCUGCUCCUGAUGUUCAGCAUACUGGUUUCUGUCUCUCCUUGCUCAUCUUCCUGGAGUUUUCCGUCAGGCAUCCCUAACUGCUAGGGCACUGCUGCUCCCUUUCCCUGAAUGCCUUGUGUGUCUGUGCUCUCCUCGGCGCAGCUAUCGUCCAUCAGAUUGCAGUGGUAGCGUCUCAGGGCUGUUCUGCACGCUCUCCGGGAAUGUGUCCUGUAUCUGGUUGGCUUCGGUUGACUGUGUGAGGGAGGGGUGCUCUGCCUGAGUGUUAGGCAAAUCAGAGUUUCCAGAAUGUCCCUUCCAUCCCGGCGCUCAGUCCUGUUUUCCUAGCACCUUGCUAGCCGUUUCUGUUGCCUUUGAAAUGCCUGCACCAGGACAGUUUCUUUUCAGGCCUUAGGUGAGAUCUGCGCUACUUCUGCCUUCAGUGUUUGUGCCUCACAGGGGUUUUUCCGGAAUGAGGAUGCUGCCUGUACCACAUGUAGCUUCCCUCAAAGUACACACUGCUUUCGAUCUCAUCAGCUCCAUGUGAAGUGUAUGAAGUCGCGGUGAUGCUGUCACGUGAAGAUUCCGCCUCUUUGGAUGCAGCAGCUCUGGGAACAGAUGCUGGUUUCCUGGUCCCGUUUGUUUGUAACGUGUACUGUCUGGGCCCCGGUGCCUGGCCUCAGCACCUGGUGUCAUUUGUGGUUGCUCUUCAUUGGACUCUCCUACGCAAAGACCUCGAUUAAUGCUGGUUUGUACUUCACGCUCAGGACAGCCAGGGUGUCUGUGGCCAAAGGCAGAAGGCAGAGGAGCUCAGGUUCUCCUGCCUGUUCUUGGCAGGGUGCAUGCAGAGAAAUUCAGAGCUGUGGCAGGCAGCUAAGAAAGGGAUUUUGCAUACGUAUGGUGUGUGAAUGUAGGCGGGCUGGUUGCACACAUAGAGGGAGUCUCUGAGCAGCUGGAGGGUGCAGAGUCCCUUGUGCAUCUCUGAACACAGAAGUCUCUCUCUUUUAGAGCAGGGGUUUGGGGAGCCGGCCUUAUCUCGUGUGUGUUACUGUAACUACUACUCCUAGAUCUCAGCCGCACUGAACAGUGGUCCGACACUGAUGUACCAGGCAAGAUGCUGUGUGGCUAAAAUAGCUUUGUACUGUAGGCAGCCGAAGGGCUGUGGAGGUGCUCACCCUGGGCCUUGGCUAGCUGCGCGCUUGUCCAGUGCGGUUUGAGCUCUGUGGAACAGGCCAGGGUGUGAAUUUGACCUCGGUGCUUUUAUCCAACGCUCCCUGUCAGUCCCACUGUUGCGCAUGUUUCAGCUGCCAGCUCUUCUCUGGAAGCAACGAGUUGGGGCACAUCUCACGAUGGGGCAUUGAGCUGGGAAUCUGGUUGCUUGCCCCGAAGGCAGUGGGCAGGAGGGGUCACUGCCAGCCCUCUUGCCUAGAUUAGCAGAACUCCUAAUCACUGGAAUCUGUCCUGACGGGAUUGGGCUGUGUUGUUUGGUGCCUGUGGUGCUGUUGUGUUGAGCGUUGAGGUUCUGAGACAUGAAGUGUGUGGGACAGGCUCUGCUGUAGGCAGAAAAGCUAUGAAUGAGCCUAUGGAGGAGGCUUUUAUUUCUUAGGUUUACAGGGAAUGGAGGAGAUAAAGCCAGGAAGGUAUUAUGGAACAAGAUGGUUAUCCAGGCUUUUCUGCUGGCAGCGAUGUGACAGGCUUCUCGGAGAAAUAUCCCGUUUUCCUGCUGCUAUUGUGAAGGGGAGGGGAGCUGUGGUCUGUCCUACCCGGAGGAGGAGGCCUCCUGCCUUGGUCUCCGCCAGCUCACGCUCUGUGGCAGGAGUCUGUAGGAUGCAAUAAGGGUGUCUGUGGCCGCCUGUUCCAUCUGAAACAUUCCUUGGGUCAGCUGCCCGACAGAGGCCAGGCCUGUUUCUAGGCUGUGCGUACACUGCUGCUCCAGGAACAUGAGACUUGCUCCAAGCGACGAGCGCUCAUCACUACCAGACUAUGCAGAGGAAGCUCUGCCUGGAAAGAAGGAAAGCUGCAGAGGCUCCUCUGCCUCCCCUUUCCGGCAGGUGCGCAAGUAUAAUGCACUUUUCACAUUAAGUGUCCCUGCCCCCCCGUCCCCACCCCACGCUCAGAGUCACUUUUCCCCGUAGAGAACUAACAAUCCUUGUUACUCAGAAAUCAUUGUAAAGGAAACUACAGCAGCUUGAGUAGCCCGAAUGCGAGUUCCUGCCCACAGCAGUAUAUGUGCCUUUCCCUAGCGUCGCUCACAACUGCUCUUUGUCUUUCAGGCUGUCCUAGGGCCUGAAACUUUGCAGAAGCUGCUAAGAUGGCUACGAAUGCACAUUCAGUACAGAGUUUGGCCCAGGGUGUGUUCUGUGUAUGGCUUAGGAUGGUCAAGGCCCUUCCACGGAUUUCACACCUGUCUGUGUAAGGACAAGACUUGUCCCUAACGUCCUUCUAGGCUGCUGCCAUCCCACCCCGCAAACGCACCCGUGCACAUUUUCGUUGUUUCCCGCUUUCAUGGCACC